UUACCGACCAUUUUAGACGCAGCGCCGCCUGGUUGUCCCGGGCCGGAGGCGCUUCGGCUUUCCCGUUUGGAUCGUUAACAGCUGCUGGAAAAAGGAGGAGAGGCGAAGAUAAAAAGUUCCAGUCUCUGCUUCCCUGGAUUACUUCCUGUGCUUCUUUCUAGCAAGAUGGAACUUUCUCAGGUGGCAUUUGAAGAGGUUGCUGUGUAUUUCACAGAGCAGGAGUGGGCCUUGCUAAAUGUUGGUGAAAAAGUCCUCUACAGAGAUGUCAUGAAGGAGAAUUUUGAACAUGUGAUGUCACUGGGCAUCCUCCUUGCUCUGAAAGAAAGCAAAAUCGCGCCUUGUUUACUUUUGGUAACACCCUACUCUAGCUCUGUGGCUUUUCGACAGGUCUCGUUUGAGGAGGUGGCCAUGCAUUUCUCGGAGCAAGAGUGGGCAUUGCUGAAUGUGAACGAAAGAGCCCUCUACAAGGAUGUCAUGCAGGAAAACUAUAAGCAUGUAUUGUCCCUGGGAGAUAUUUCUGAACCAGGAAGCCCCAUCACCACGACACUGUUUGGAAGAUUGAUGGGUCAUUUACAAGCCACGGACUCCCUGAACUCUGACCUUCCUUACCUCAGAGAGGAACUCCAAGAGGAGAAGCAGAUCGCGCAGGGAAGCUUUGAUGAACCUGUUCCCUUAAGAAAAAGCACCCAGGCUGUGGAAGGCUCUCCGGCUGACGUGGGAGAAAGAAAAGAUUCUUGCCCCAAAUGUGGGAAAACAUUCUGUCACAAAUCGGCACUCACCGCUCACCUGAGAAUUCACACUGGAGAAAAGCCGUAUCACUGCCAGGAGUGUGGAAAAAGCUUUAACCAGAGCUCGGCCCUCACUCAACACCAGAGGAUCCACACCGGAGAGAAGCCCUACGCCUGCGUCAGUUGCGGCAAAAGGUUCAGCCAAAGCUCUGCUCUGACUCAACACCAGAGGAUUCACACUGGGGAGAGGGCCUACACCUGCCUGGACUGCGGGAAGAGCUUCAUCUACCAGUCAGCUCUGAUUCGGCAUCGGCGAAUCCACACGGGAGAGAAAUGCUACAUGUGUCCUGAUUGUGGGAAAGGUUUCAACCAAAGCUCCAACCUUAUUACGCACCGGAAAAUUCAUAAAGGCGUGGAAGGUAAUGGAACAGCCUAUGGGAAUGACAAAAAGAGUUCCGAGCUUGAAAAUCGUGUGCAGUUAGAACCGCAUAGCAACACUUAUACGACAUUCCAGCAAGCUUGCCCUCAGAGUUCUCCUUUGGAAAAAUGCCUUUUGGACUGGAAAAUUUCCAAGAGAAACCCUUCAGAUCAAGCCCAGGCAGCACCUGUGUCUAGCACGGGAAGUUUGAUAUCUCAGAAGGACACUGUAAGAAAAGUAGGCAUCCCUAGGGUGAAACGGCCACUUAUCUGUCACGUCUGUGGAAAGAACUUCAGAUACAGCUCCCAUCUGGUCAACCACCAGCGGAUCCAUACGGGAGAGAAACCUUAUCACUGCACAGACUGUGGGAAGAAUUUCAUUCAGAACUCAGCGCUCAAAAGGCACCAAAGGAGUCAUCGAGGUGACAGGCCCUAUCGGUGUUCGGAUUGCGGGAAAAGCUUUAGUCGGAAUGCCCAUUUGGCGAAACACCAAGGGAUUCACACCGGCUUAAAACCUUACGAGUGCCUGGACUGCGGGAAGAAAUUCAGUGUGAAGAUGAACCUUGUGAUUCACCAGCGAAUUCACACAGGAGAAAAACCGUACAUGUGCUUGGAAUGUGGGAAAAGCUUUAGCCAAAGGGCUCAUUUCAUUAUCCACCGGAGAAUUCACACGGGAGAGAAACCUUACGAAUGUCCCGACUGUGGGAGAGCCUUCCGCGUGAGCUCACACUUGGUUACACAUCAGAAGAUCCACAUGGCGAAGACUUCUUUCAUAUGUCCUGACUGUGGGAAAAGUUUUAACGGGAGCAAACAGUUCGUUCAGCAUAAGAGGUGUCACACCACUGGAGAAAAUGGUUCCCUGCCAAAUUCAGGGGUAACUAUUAAGAGUGAACCCUGAAUUUCCUUAUUAGAAGUGAAUUCCUGGUUCAAUCAGCCCUGAAGUUGAAGAGGGCAUUUCUAUAUAAGGGAAUCAAAGGAGGCAAAACGUCUCCCAGCUGUCUCUUCUAAUGGCCAAUUUAUGAGCCUUUUUCUGCGCAUAGAGCUGGAUUCAAGGCAGUUCUUAAUAGAUUAACAGAGUUGGAAGGGACCUUUUAGGUCAUCUAGUCCAACCCCCCGCUCAAGCAGAGACCCUACACCAUUUCUGACAAAUGGCAGUCCAAUCUUUUUUUGAAAGUCUCAAGUGAUGAAGCUCCCACAACUUCCGAAGGCAAAGCUGUUCCGUUGGUUGAUUGUUCUCACUGUCAGAAAGUUCCUCCUCAUUUCUAGGUUGAAUCUCUCCUUGGUCAGUUUUCAUCCAUUAUUCCUUGUCUGGCCUUCAGGUGCUUUUGAAAAUAGCUUGAGCCCUUCCUCUCUGUGGCAGCCCCUCAAAUAUUGGAACACUGUUAUCAUGUCUCCCCUGGUCCUUCUCUUCACUAGACUUAGCCAUGCUCAGUUCCUGCAUGUGGCACUCGGUUCAUCAUAUGUUUUAGUCUCCAAUCCCCUAAUCAUCCUGGUUGCUCUCCUCUAGAUUAGAGUCUCAACAUCUUUUUUAUAGUGUGGUGACCAAAACUGGAUGCAGUAAGCUAGGUGUGGUCUUACUAGGGCUUUAUAGAGUGGUAUUAGUUGAUUCAGAGAGGAAAUUUUCUCAACUUUUAAACUGUUGGGGCAGAGUUGAGAACCAAAGACAUUACACAAACUAAUCUUAUUGAGAAUAGAUGAAGUGGAGGAAAAAAAGCUUGUGUUUACUGUCUUUCAAUUCUUUAGACCAAGAACAGAGUGCCACAAAUAAGAUACUAUUCCCAGAAGAGAAUCAUCCAGUGGAAUCAUCAGACAUCUCCAUCGUUUCUGAACAGCAUCCAGGGUAGCAAGGAAAGGACAGAGGAACUAGAAAGAGUUUGGUUUCCCUAGAGGACAGUUCUUACGAUUGCACUGGCUGCCAGCUUUGGAGGACAGAAGGCAUUUUUCAUGGCAUCCACCAAGUGGGCCUUUGCAUUGAAUUGAAGGAGGGUGAAUUUAUGAAAUGCCACUAAGGCUGGCCAAGAUAUUCUAUUAUUUGAAGUGAAGAACAAGGUGUCUGGCCCUCAUUCUGUUCAGGUAAAGGUAAAGAUAAAGGUUUCCCUCGCACAUAUGUGCUAGUUUUUCCAAACUCUAGGGUACUAGCGGUGCUCAUCUCUGUUUCGAAGCCGAAGAGCCAGCGCUGUCCGAAGAUGUCUCCAUGGUCAUGUGGCCGGCAUGACUAAAUGCCAAAGGCUCACGGAACACUGUUACCUUCCCAUCAAAGGUGGUCCCUAUUUUUCUACUUGCAUUUUUUACGUACUUUCAAACUGCUAGAUUGUCAGAAGCUGGGACAAGUAACAGGAGCUCACCCUGUUAUGCGGCACUAGGGAUUCGAACCGCUGAACUGCCGACCUUUCGAUCAACAAGCUCAGCGUCUGAGCCACUGAGCCACUGCGUCCCACGUCAUUCUGUUUACACCACCCCAACUACUUUCAUAGCUGGAUUUUAUUUCAACUUUGGCAAUUAAGACAUCUUUUUGUGCUAGACCAGUAAGUGGCAGUCUAACUUAGGGGGCCCGAGGAGAAUGUGUGGGAGGAGGGCUGCUUGCUGCCUGAAUCUGUAGAAUCUGUGGGCUGAUGAUGUUACCUAGUUGAGUAAUGAAACAUUUGAAAGAAAACAACUGAGCUCAGAGACCACCACCCAAGGAUCCAGUCUGUAGAAUGUGUCUGCUGAGAAAGUCUGCCGAGUGUCAAUUUUCCAGGUGCACAGCCAGAGACACUCGGCAUGUAUGUGGCUCCCCAAAACCUAGCAUAUGCUUUCCACCUCCAAAAUUUGCCAGCAGAUUGCAACUGUUAGUGUAACAGAAAGGGGAAUUAAUGAUAUGUAACUAAUUUAAUGUAAUUUUAAUUACAUAUAAACUGCAUUCAAUCAUAUUUAACUAUUGUCCUUGCCUAACUGUUGUCUUUUGGGUGUGGACUCUGUACUGCAACCAAGAAGCUAAGCACAAGCAUUGGCCUGAGAAAAGCAUGUCAGAAUGCCCAAGGAAACGAACAAUCCCGCACCCCAAUCAAGUUCAGGCUUGAGAAGCGUUGUCUCUCUGCUGUACCUAAUAGUAGUGCAGAUCCUACUUUAAUGUAAUUAUCACAUUAAAUGAAGUUAUUUCUGUCUCAUGAAGUGGAUUCAGAAGUCUGUUCCAGGGGAAAGGGAGGGGAAAAAAAGAACCAAAUUCUGCCUCUUUCAUUAGCAUGCCUUUGUAUUUGGUCUUUAUUGUCACCAAGAAAAGAAAAGUAGCUUCUAUACUUGUGAUAAAAUGGAGCCCAUUUGGUUAACAUUUAAUCUGAUUGGAAUCUCUGUUCCCAAAUCCAAAAUGUUCUUUUUGAACUAUGACUGUAUUUUAAUGUGGUGUUGUAGGGGUUUUUUUGGUUUUUGUUUGGCCAUUCAGGAAACUCUUGAGAGAAAAUAGAAUUUUGUGAAUACUGUUUUGUGAAAAUGAUCCUUUUCAGAUUUCCCCCCCCCCCAAUUUUUGCAUAUCUUUCAAAAUGUAUUUGUCAGAACUUCAUGUGGGUCUUGUUAAUAUAUAAAAAGGAAUCGAAGUGGACAAA